CUGUUAAUUGCAGGGCUGCUGUUUGGUGACAUUGAUAAUGAACAUGUAUUAGGUGUCCAGAGAUCACCCUGGGCAGGAGGCAUGUUGCAAGAGGAACAGCACUGAGCUGAAAAAACACUGACACUCAGCAAACUUCCUCUGCUAGAUGAGAACAGGAUAAAGUCGGUGCAGUUUCCUUGCCUGGCAGGAGAAGGCAGCAGCCACGAUGAGGGUGCAGUUUAUCACUCCUGUUGCAGGAUUUUGCUGGCUCAUCUGCUUCCAGGAGACUCUUUUCUCCAAUGCAGACGAUGCGUGUGCAAAGUCAACCGUCUGUCCUAGUUAUGCGACCUGUAAAGUCAUCCCUGGGGGCUAUCGCUGCGCCUGCAAAUGGGGGUCUGUGUCUAGCACUGGGGAGCAGUAUUUCAUGGAUAAUAGUGUGACGUGCCAAGGAACUCAUAGAGGCUGCCAACUGAUCGUGUUUUGAAGAAGGAUUAGGCUUUGAUACAAAUAGCAAGAACAUCUGACAUGAUCUUCUGAAGCAUCUAGUGCCAGCCACUGAUGAAAGCAGGAUUUUGCACUAGAUGGUCACUGGUCUGACCCAGUCUGGCCAUCCCUGUGUUCCUAAACGACAGAUGUUUUCAGACCUGAAUGAUAUCGAUGAAUGUGCCCAGGACCCCCUGCCCUGUGGCCCGAAUGCCUCCUGCCAGAACACUGACAAAAGUUUUGUCUGUGAGUGUGAAUCUGGCUACAGCUCUUCCAGACGAGUCUCAGGGAAGCGCGGCAUCGCCCCUCUGGACUGAUCAGAUAUUGAUGAAUGUUCCCACAACCCAUCGCCCUGCGGCCCCAACUCCAACUGCACCAACACCCAAGGCAGUUACAACUGCACGUGCCGACCAGGCUACCUCCCGCCCAGCGAGCCUGAUGUCCCAUUCUACUGCACAGAGGACACUUCCAAACGCCGGGCCCAUUUCUCGGAAGAGAACGAUCUGGUGAGGAAAUCCCAGAACCAGAGUCUGGACACAGCUCACGGCUCAUCCCCAGAGGAUGCGGCCUACUGCACUUUAUUGAACUCCACCUUCAGGGCCUUGGGAGAGCCCUACGAAGAGAAGAACUCAACGGUGUGUCUGGAGAAAGCCGCUGGGGGAUUUGCCUCCAUCCUGGAGCAGACGUCCUCCUGGUCCAACCUAAGCAUGGAGCAGCUCUCUGUCUCAGCCGCCAUCGUUCUGCAAAGUGUGGAGAGGAUUGUAAUGGACGUCCUCACCAACCCCACCGAGAACAGGAAACUGACCUUCCGGACGAAGGAGCUGGAUGUCCAGACCAAAGUCAUUGCGGACGGGUGCAGCAGGGAGAACUUUGUCAUCAACCUGGGAGCCAAAGGGGAGAGCAUGGAGAUUAGAUGUAAAACAGUUCAGGGAUCAACAGCACAAGGAGCGGCUGGAGUGGCGUUUGCCUCCUACGUGGGCAUGGAAACCAUCAUGAAUGGCAGCUUCUUCCAAGACCAGAAGGACUCCUCUGGCCACGCUGUCCGGAUGAUUUCCAGGGUGGUGAGUGCCUGGCUGACCAGCCAGACCAAGACCAACUUCACAGAUCCAGCGAACUACACCUUCGAGCACAUCAUGCCAAGCAACCGCUACGAGAAGCCCAAAUGUGUCUCGUGGGAAACCACAGCCCAGAGAGGCAGCUGGUCUCCGGCAGGGUGCAGGGUUCUGCGCUUCAACACCACUCACACCACGUGCAACUGCAACCACGUCUCCAGCCUGGCCGUCCUCAUGGCAUGGGGGGAGAUAACGGCAGAUUUCCCGCUAUUCCUCAUCUCCCACGUUGGGCUGGCCCUCUCCCUGCUGUGCCUCCUCCUCGCCAUCCUCACCUUCCUCCUGUGCCGCUCCAUCCGCAACGUCAACACCUCCAUCCACCUGCAGCUCUGCCUCUGCCUCUUUGUGGCCGAUCUUCUCUUCCUCACGGCAGUGGACAGCACCAGCCAUCAGGUGGGCUGUGCGGUCAUUGCAGGCUUGCUGCACUACCUCUUCCUGGCCUGUUUCGCCUGGAUGUUCCUGGAGGCCGUGGUGCUCUUCCUCACCGUGCGCAACCUCGGGGUCGUCAACUAUUUCAGCACCCACAGCCCCAAAAUGCGGUUCCUGAGCCUCUUCGGCUACGGAUUCCCUGCCCUGGUGGUGGCUGUCUCAGCCGCCAUCAUGCCAAAGGGCCAUGGCAGGGCAGACAGCUGCUGGCUCAGCAUGGAGAAGGGGUUCAUCUGGAGUUUCCUGGGGCCGGUGUGCGCCAUUGUGGGGAUCAAUUCCGUCCUUUUUGCUGUAACCCUCUGGAUGCUGCAGAGAAAACUUUCCAGCCUCAACUCUGAGGUGUCCACCCUCAAAGACACCAGGCUCCUGACCUUUAAAGCCAUCGCCCAAGUCUUCAUUCUGGGCUGCACUUGGAUUUUCGGUCUCUUCCAAACCGGCCCAGCCGCUGUGGUCAUGGCAUAUUUAUUCACCAUCCUGAACAGCCUGCAGGGGGUCUUCAUCUUCCUGGUGCACUGCCUCCUCAAUCGCCAGGUGCAGGAGGAAUACAAGCGAUGGUUUACCGGCAAAUCCAAGUCCUAUUCGGAGGUCUCCAUGUCUACUUUAGCCACCAGCAGCAAAGUGGUUUCCUCUUUGCAUCCAUGAGGACUAGAACUGCGAGACCUGAGCUGCUUAUCAUCUGAUGGGAGCCAGAAGUCAGAGCCCUGGACGUGGGCCAGUAGCAUCUAUCGCUUAAUCCAACCUGGAACUGUUGCUGCUUUUCUGAGUUUUCCUUUCUCUGUAUUUAUUAUUAUUUUUCCAAUCCUCUGUUUCCCUGGAAUCUGAGCAGGGUUUGUGUCAUAAUCAUGAGGGUUAGCCAGCAUCCUGUGGACUAAGGGGUUUAACUAUGUCUCUGACUAAACCAGGUGGCAGGCAGCCAAUAGAAAUGUAGGUUGGAAUUUCAAACUGGGACAAAGGCAUUUUUUGAUUUUUCCCUCCUUUGUCCUGGGCAGUUCCUUUCUAGCUACGGAAGAGACAGACAUGUCUCUCUCUCUCCAUGAAACCAUUCUUCACUUUCUGUAAAGAGGGUAAAGUUUAGAUAAAUCCAUUAUAAAUGGGAUCUGAUGCGUGUGCACUUUUAAAAAAAUGUUUUGGAUUUCCUUUGUAAGUAAGUUCUCGGCUCAUGGUGAAGUUUCUUCAUGAGUAUAUUAUUUUGUUACUUUUCCAUCUAGUCAUUAUGCUUCCAACAGGAAUAUUGUGGUGAUAA